AUGGACCUACAAGCUGUUGUCGAGUGGUUGAAUAAGCCUAAGGAUGAGGUCUCUCUCAAACCCGAAACCUUCCUAGCUGUGGCUGAGACAUAUGUUCAAAAGAAUGGUACUGAAGCAUUGGAGAAACUCAUUGCUAGUAAGGAUUCAAAUUCCAUUCUCAUUGUGGAAGAAAUCAAGUCAGUUGCAAAUGCAGAGGAGAAAGAAGUGGCGACAAUAGUCCAGUGCAAUGAGCCAAACAUUGUUCAGAAUGAUGUCAAAACUUUGAAAUCAAACGAGAAAAAUGCAGCAGCAUCAGCCGCAGCCGCAGCCGUGAAAUCGUGCAAAGAGCCAAACAUUGCUCAGAAAGAUGUCAAAGCUGUGGAACCACCAGAGAAAAAUGCAGCAGCGGCCGCAAAAAGGGAUUCAAAUUCCAUUCUCAUUGUGGAAGAAAUCAAGUCAGUUGCAAAUGCAGAGGAGAAAGAAGUGGCGACAAUAGUCCAGUGCAAUGAGCCAAACAUUGUUCAGAAUGAUGUCAAAACUUUGAAAUCAAACGAGAAAAAUGCAGCAGCAUCAGCCGCAGCCGUGAAAUCGUGCAAAGAGCCAAACAUUGCUCAGAAAGAUGUCAAAGCUGUGGAACCACCAGAGAAAAAUGCAGCAGCGGCCGCAAAAAGGUGUUUACCUUCCACUUUUUUUCUUUGCUUGCUGUCAAAGUGUAAAGAGCCAAACAUUGGUCAGAAAGAUGUCAAAGUUGUGGAACCACCAGAGAAAAAUGCAGCAGCGGCCGCAAAAAGGACUAAGAAGAAAGUAGUUGCAGCGGUGGAGGUCAAAGAAAUGACAGAGCCAGCAGCUUGUAAAGAGGACAAGCUUCCGGAGCCAGCUGCCCUGAAGAAAGUUCAGAAAGAGUGGACUUGUGCUCUAUGCCAGGUGACAACCGCAUGUGAGGCAAACUUGAACAGCCAUCUUCAAGGGCAGAAACAUAGGGCAACGUUGGAUGAGCUCAAAGCUAGUAAGCAGGCAGCCAAAAACACGGGUUCUUCAUGUUUGACACCAAACAAAUCAGAUCAAGCCAAAAAGGAGUCAAUCAAGUGUGUAUCUAGGGAUAAGCCAAGCAAAUAUAAGACUGCAGAACAAGAGUUAAAAAUGCCGGUGAAUAGCAGCAACAGUGAGCAAUUUAAGCAGAGAAGUACUAAUACUAGUAAUGCUGGGACGAAGCUGUCUAAACGGUGGUGCAGUAUCUGUGAUGUAAGGUUCCCCGGAGAGAUUGACAUGGCCGCUCACCUCAAUGGAAGUAAGCACUUGUCUCGGAUUAAAGAGAUGUUAGAUCUUUGUGGUGGCGAAAAAGGGUGGGAGUGUGGUAUCUGUAAUGUAAGGUGUUCCGCAGAGAGUGUCAUGGUUGGUCAUAUUAAUGGAAAGAAGCACUUUUCCCGGGUUGAACAGAUGCUCAAUCCUGUAGGUGGCCAACCGGGGUUUUGCAGUAUCUGUAAUGUAAGGUGUUCCGGAGAGAUUGACAUGGCUGCUCACCUUAAUGGAGGGAAGCACUUGUCCCGGAUUCAAGAGAUGAUCAAUCCUCUGGUGGUGGCCAAUAAGGAUGGGAUUAAGGUGGUGGCUCAGUAG